UGCGCAUGCGCUCUACGGUCUUCCGAGAGGCGAGCGUUUGUUUCCCCGCCGGUGAUUGAUAGGCUAGCACCGCGGGCGCUGGGCGCCUGUGCAGAGUCUGGCGCCUGACCGUCCCCGCCCUGUCCACCACCCACCCCACGAACUCCGGGCCAGGUUCAAGGUGCAGUGAACUUGCGGGGAACCGAUGGAGCGGAACAGCGGUCCGGAGGCUGGGCCGGAGGCGGAGCUAGAGGAGGGGGAGCCCGAGGUUAAGAAGCGGAAACACCUGUGUGUGGAGUUUGCUUCGGUCGCGAGUUGCGACGCCGCUGUGGCUCAGUGCUACCUGGCCGAGAACGACUGGGAGAUGGAAAGAGCGCUGAACUCCUACUUCGAGCCGGCCAUGGAGGAGAGCGCUUCAGAAAGCCGUCCCGAGUCCCUCUCUGAGCCCGGGUCCUGUGUUGACCUAACCAAGGAAGAAACAAAUGAUUCCAUUAGUUCUAAAACCAGCACAUCUGAAGAUAAAAGUGUUCAGCAAGAAGAUGGCAGUGUUUUCUCUUUCAUUACCUGGAAUAUUGAUGGAUUGGACAUGAACAAUCUGCUAGAGAGGGCUCGAGGGGUGUGUUCCUAUUUAGCUUUGUACAGCCCUGAUGUGAUAUUUCUACAGGAAGUUAUUCCCCCAUAUUAUGCCUACCUAAAGAAGAAAGCAAGUAGUUACAAGAUUAUUACAGGUCGUGAAGAAGGAUAUUUCACAGCUAUAAUGUUGAAGAAAUCGAGAGUGAAGUUUAAAAGCCAAGAAAUUAUUCCUUUUCCAAAUACGCAAAUGAUGAGAAACCUUUUGUGUGUUCAUGUGAGUGUGUCAGGAAAUGAACUUUGCCUUAUGACUUCUCAUUUGGAAAGCACCAGAGGGCACGCUAAGGAACGAAUGAAUCAGUUGAAAAUGGUUUUAGAGAAAAUGCAAGAGGCUCCAGGAUCAACUACAGUUAUAUUUGCUGGAGAUACGAAUCUCAGGGAUCAAGAAGUUACCAAAUGUGGUGGUUUACCCAACAACAUUUUGGAUGUCUGGGAGUUUUUGGGCAAACCUAAGCAUUGCCAGUAUACAUGGGAUACACAAAUGAACUCUAAUCUUGGAAUAGCUGCUAAUUGUAAACUUCGUUUUGAUCGAAUAUUUUUUAGAGCCGCAGCAGAAGGUGGCCACAUUGUUCCCCAAAGUUUGGACCUGCUUGGGCUGGAAAAACUGGACUGUGGUAGAUUUCCCAGUGAUCACUGGGGUCUUCUGUGCAACUUAGGUGUAAUAUUGUGAACUGCUUUUCAAAUAUGAGUUUUAAAUGUUUGAAGGGAUUUUGUUCUGUGAUUAUAAUUUCAAUUAUAAUUUCUAUCUGUCCUGGAAAGGUAGUUUAACAAGGAGGAAUUAUAAACUGGAUCAUUGUAACAGAAGGAAAAACUACUGUGAUUUUAUUUUUUGUAUUGUGGCCUCAGAUUUCAGAACUAAAUCUUAAUGUUCAUUUAAACUAAAGCAUACCUGUGUUGAAAACAUGAGGCUUCUUAAUGCAAGGUCACAGUGGCUACCAGAGCUUUUAGUAGUGCUCGUAGCUGCUGGCUGGAUUUCAAGCAGGGCCACAUUUUGUCUGUGGACUAGCCUUUAUGUUAGAUUACUUUUUAAAAUCAGGUACCAAAAUAGUUAUAUUUUAAAUAAGUCUUAAAAAAAAAAAGGUUACAGAGUCCUUGGGAUUGGAUCUCUUAAUACUGUUUCAUAAAUCCAGAUAAUCUGAUAGUUAUUGUCCAUCAGAUUUUUUGUCAGUUAACAGUGCCUAAUUGGUAAGCUAGAAAUGAACUCAUGAUUUAAAAUUCCUUAACUUUAAAAAACUUGUGUUUGUAGUUAUGUCGCCGAACAGAGGCAAAGUUAGGCUUGAUAAUGAUUAAAGUCAGUUUUCCAGAGGCAUUGGGCUUUUUUUCUAAGAGAAAAAUGUGUAAAGAGAAAUAGACAUUUAGUUUUACUGCUUGUAAAACUGAAUUUUUUUCAGGAGGUGAAUAAGGAACACUUCUACAUGUGCUUUAAGGAAACAUUUUUUUUUCCCCUGUAAGAGAGUAUACUCUAAAUAAAGAAUUGCGCUUGUUUGUA